AUCGGACAAGAAAAUUGAAUUAAAAUGUGUCCAAUCUUUCCCCAACCUACUGUAUAAUAUAUUUACGGUUACUUUAUAUAUGGUAUACAUUUGUACAGAUCUGUAGGUUACUUUCUAUAUCAAGACUUGUAUAACAUGGCACAAAACCAGCCCGUACCAGCCGGAUAUCCUGGCGCCCCACCUGCGUAUACACCAGGGGUAGAUGAGAAGUCAGGCAUGCCACUAGGUGGGGCAGCUUACCCACAACAGCCUGGUUACCCGCAAGCGCAACCUGGGUUUGUUGGUCAGCCAGUGCCACCUGGCCAACCUGGCGCACCUAUGGGACAACCUGGCGCACCAAUGGGCCCGCCACCAGCAGGCUAUGUACCCCCGCCUCCAGGUCAAGCUUAUGGCAUGCCGACACAGACCGUUAUUAUCCAGCAGCAGUUUAGCCAAGCUCCAACAGCGUGUACAUGUCCUAAUUGUCACCAGAGUGUAGUCACACGCACCGUCGCCGAAACCAGUAUGUUAACAUGGCUGAUAGCGGGUGGUAUCAUUCUUCUCGGGGGAUGGAUCUUUUGCCUUUGCUUCAUACCGUUCUGUAUUGAUGACCUCAAAGACGUACGACACCAGUGCCCCAAUUGCAACCACACCAUUCACAUUUACAAGCGAGCUUAAUGAAGAAAGCACGGUGAUAAUGUACAUAAUUGAAUCUAAUUUCAUGAAUAUUCAAUUCCAUCGCUCCGUAGGGGCUAAAGUGAAAGUAAUAAAAUACCCGUAAAUGACUUCUAUUUUCAAUCAAUACGUCUUUAUCCCUGCCGAUACUUUUUUUCAAUAUAAUAGUAUAUUUGCAAUGCACAGAUACCUACAUCACCUGUCAUUUGAAUUUACAUGUUUUAUUGUAUAAAUGAACUUGCUUGGUAGUCUAUUCUCGUUUUCAAAUCUUUCAUGAUAUCUUGUUAUAUAGUAUAACUCAUAUCAAAUUGCUCUUCUGACAAUAUUAUAUGUGCUAAUGCCCAUUUGUGCAUGCGCCGUUUAAUGUUACUUUUCAAACCGUAUAUACAGCGAAUACACCAAAGUUGAGCUAAUUGCUUCGUAUGUGAAAAAUAAACUAAUCACAUCUACAA